UUAGGGUUGGAGCUAGGGUUAGGGUUAGGGAUGGAGUUAGGGUUAGUGUUGGAGCUAGGGUUAGGGUUGGGCUUGGAGCUAGGAUUUUUCUGAGUGCCAUGAACCAACUCCCGAGUCUCUAGGACGUUCCUAAAAAAAAUUGAUUUUUUCCCAUAGGAAUGCAUGGGUUAGGGUUAGGGUUGGAGCUAGGGUUAGGGUUAGGGUUAGGGUUGGAGUUAGGGUUAGUGUUGGAGCUAGGGUUAGGGUUGGGCUUGGAGCUAGGAUUUUUCUGAGUGCAAUGAACCAACUCCCGAGUCUCUAGGACGUUCCUAAAAAAAAUUGAUUUUUUCCCAUAGGAAUGCAUGGGUUAGGGUUAGGGUUGGAGCUAGGGUUAGGGUUAGGGUUAGGGUUGGAGUUAGGGUUAGUGUUGGAGCUAGGGUUAGGGUUGGGCUUGGAGCUAGGAUUUUUCUGAGUGCCAUGAACCAACUCCCGAGUCUCUAGGACGUUCCUAAAAAAAAUUGAUUUUUUCCCAUAGGAAUGCAUGGGUUAGGGUUAGGGUUAGGGUUGGAGCUAGGGUUAGGGUUAGGGUUAGGGUUGGAGUUAGGGUUAGUGUUGGAGCUAGGGUUAGGGUUGGGCUUGGAGUUAGGAUUUUUCUGAGUGCAAUGAACCAACUCCCGAGUCUCUAGGACGUUCCUAAAAAAAAUAGAUUUUUUUCCCAUAGGAAUGCAUGGGUUAGGGUUAGGGUUAGGGUUGGAGCUAGGGUUAGGGUUAGGGUUGGGCUUGGAGCUAGGAUUUUUCUGAGUGCAAUGAACCAACUCCCGAGUCUCUAGGACGUUCCUAAAAAAAUUUGAUUUUUUCCCAUAGGAAUGCAUGGGUUAGGGUUAGGGUUAGGGUUGGAGCUAGGGUUAGGGUUAGGGUUAGGGUUAGGGUUAGGGUUGGAGUAAGGGUUAGUGUUGGAGCUAGGAUCAGGGUUGGGCUUUGAGCUAGGAUUUUUCUGAGUGCAAUGAACCAACUCCCGAGUCUCUAGGACGUUCCUAAAAAAAUUUGAUUUUUUCCCAUAGGAAUGCAUGGGUUAGGGUUAGGGUUAGGGUUGGAGCUAGGGUUAGGGUUAGGGUUAGGGUUGGAGUAAGGGUUAGUGUUGGAGCUAGGAUCAGGGUUGGGCUUGGAGCUAGGAUUUUUCUGAGUGCAAUGAACCAACUCCCGAGUCUCUAGGACGUUCCUAAAAAAAUUUGAUUUUUUCCCAUAGGAAUGCAUGGGUUAGGGUUAGGGUUAGGGUUGGAGCUAGGGUUAGGGUUAGGGUUAGGGUUGGAGUUAGGGUUAGUGUUGGAGCUAGGGUUAGGGUUGGGCUUGGAGCUAGGAUUUUUCUGAGUGCAAUGAACCAACUCCCGAGUCUCUAGGACGUUCCUAAAAAUUGAUUUUUUCCCAUAGGAAUGCAUGGGUUAGGGUUAGGGUUAGGGUUGGAGCUAGGGUUAGGGUUAGGGUUAGGGUUGGAGUAAGGGUUAGUGUUGGAGCUAGGAUCAGGGUUGGGCUUGGAGCUAGGAUUUUUCUGAGUGCAAUGAACCAACUCCCGAGUCUCUAGGACGUUCCUAAAAAAAUUUGAUUUUUUCCCAUAGGAAUGCAUGGGUUAGGGUUAGGGUUAGGGUUGGAGCUAGGGUUAGGGUUAGGGUUAGGGUUGGAGUUAGGGUUAGUGUUGGAGCUAGGUUUAGGGUUGGGUUUGGAGCUAGGAUUUUUCUGAGUGCAAUGAACCAACUCCCGAGUCUCUAGGAUGUUCCUAAAAAAAUUGGAUUUUUUCCCAAAGGAAUGCAUGGGUUAGGGUUAGGGUUAGGGUUGGAGCUAGGGUUAGGGUUAGGGUUAGGGUUGGAGUUAGGGUUAGUGUUGGAGCUAGGGUUAGGGUUGGGCUUGGAGCUAGGAUUUUUCUGAGUGCAAUGAACCAACUCCCGAGUCUCUAGGACGUUCCUAAAAAAAUUUGAUUUUUUCCCUUUGGAAUGCAUGGGUUAGGGUUAGGGUUAGGGUUGGAGCUAGGGUUAGGGUUAGGGUUAGGGUUGGAGUUAGGGUUAGUGUUGGAGCUAGGUUUAGGGUUGGGUUUGGAGCUAGGAUUUUUCUGAGUGCAAUGAACCAACUCCCGAGUCUCUAGGAUGUUCCUAAAAAAAUUGGAUUUUUUCCCAAAGGAAUGCAUGGGUUAGGGUUAGGGUUAGGGUUGGAGCUAGGGUUAGGGUUAGGGUUAGGGUUGGAGUUAGGGUUAGUGUUGGAGCUAGGGUUAGGGUUGGGCUUGGAGCUAGGAUUUUUCUGAGUGCCAUGAACCAACUCCCGAGUCUCUAGGACGUUCCUAAAAAAAAUUGAUUUUUUUCCCAUAGGAAUGCAUGGGUUAGGGUUAGGGUUAGGGUUGGAGCUAGGGUUAGGGUUAGGGUUGGAGUUAGGGUUAGUGUUGGAGCUAGGGUUAGGGUUGGGCUUGGAGCUAGGAUUUUUCUGAGUGCAAUGAACCAACUCCCGAGUCUCUAGGACGUUCCUAAAACAAUUUGAUUUUUUUCCCAUAGGAAUGCAUGGGUUAGGGUUAGGGUUAGGGUUGGAGCUAGGGUUAGGGUUGGAGUUAGGGUUAGUGUUGGAGCUAGGGUUAGGGUUGGGCUUGGAGCUAGGAUUUUUCUGAGUGCAAUGAACCAACUCCCGAGUCUCUAGGACGUUCCUAAAAAAAUUUGAUUUUUUCCCAUAGGAAUGCAUGGGUUAGGGUUAGGGUUGGAGCUAGGGUUAGGGUUAGGGUUAGGGUUGGAGUUAGGGUUAGUGUUGGAGCUAGGGUUAGGGUUGGGCUUGGAGCUAGGAUUUUUCUGAGUGCAAUGAACCAACUCCCGAGUCUCUAGGACGUUCCUAAAAAAAAUUGAUUUUUUCCCAUAGGAAUGCAUGGGUUAGGGUUAGGGUUAGGGUUGGAGCUAGGGUUGGAGCUAGGGUUAGGGUUGGAGUUAGGGUUAGUGUUGGAGCUAGGGUUAGGGUUGGGCUUGGAGCUAGGAUUUUUCUGAGUGCAAUGAACCAACUCCCGAGUCUCUAGGACGUUCCUAAAAAAAUUUGAUUUUUUCCCAUAGGAAUGCAUGGGUUAGGGUUAGGGUUAGGGUUGGAGCUAGGGUUAGGGUUAGGGUUAGGGUUGGAGUUAGGGUUAGUGUUGGAGCUAGGGUUAGGGUUGGGCUUGGAGCUAGGAUUUUUCUGAGUGCAAUGAACCAACUCCCGAGUCUCUAGGACGUUCCUAAAACAAAAUGAUUUUUUCCCAUAGGAAUGCAUGGGUUAGGGUUAGGGUUAGGGUUGGAGCUAGGGUUAGGGUUAGGGUUAGGGUUGGAGUUAGGGUUAGUGUUGGAGCUAGGGUUAGGGUUGGGCUUGGAGCUAGGAUUUUUCUGAGUGCAAUGAACCAACUCCCGAGUCCCUAGGACGUUCCUAAAAAAAAUUGAUUUUUUCCCAUAGGAAUGCAUGGGUUAGGGUUAGGGUUAGGGUUGGAGCUAGGGUUAGGGUUAGGGUUAGGGUUGGAGUUAGGGUUAGUGUUGGAGCUAGGGUUAGGGUUGGGCUUGGAGCUAGGAUUUUUCUGAGUGCAACGAACCAACUCCCGAGUCUCUAGGACAAUCCUAAAAAAAUUUGAUUUUUUCCCAUAGGAAUGCAUGGGUUAGGGUUAGGGUUAGGGUUGGAGCUAGGGUUAGGGUUAGGGUUAGGGUUGGAGUUAGGGUUAGUGUUGGAGCUAGGGUUAGGGUUGGGCUUGGAGCUAGGAUUUUUCUGAGUGCAAUGAACCAACUCCCGAGUCUCUAGGACGUUCCUAAAAAAAAUUGAUUUUUUUCCCAUAGGAAUGCAUGGGUUAGGGUUAGGGUUAGGGUUGGAGCUAGGGUUAGGGUUGGAGUUAGGGUUAGUGUUGGAGCUAGGGUUAGGGUUGGGCUUGGAGCUAGGAUUUUUCUGAGUGCAAUGAACCAACUCCAGAGUCUCUAGGACGUUCCUAAAAAAAUUUGAUUUUUUCCCAUAGGAAUGCAUGGGUUAGGGUUAGGGUUGGAGCUAGGGUUAGGGUUAGGGUUAGGGUUGGAGUUAGGGUUAGUGUUGGAGCUAGGGUUAGGGUUGGGCUUGGAGCUAGGAUUUUUCUGAGUGCAAUGAACCAACUCCCGAGUCUCUAGGACGUUCCUAAAAAAAUUUGAUUUUUUCCCAUAGGAAUGCAUGGGUUAGGGUUAGGGUUAGGGUUGGAGCUAGGGUUAGGGUUAGGGUUAGGGUUGGAGUUAGGGUUAGUUUUGGAGCUAGGGUUAGGGUUGGGCUUGGAGCUAGGAUUUUUCUGAGUGCAAUGAACCAACUCCCGAGUCUCUAGGACGUUCCUAAAAAAAUUUGAUUUUUUCCCAUAGGAAUGCAUGGGUUAGGGUUAGGGUUAGGGUUGGAGCUAGGGUUAGGGUUAGGGUUUGGGUUAAGAGUUGCAAGACGAGAGGAAUCAAUGUGAUCUCAACUGCCUGUAUGGAGCCAGAAGUUUCCAACCACACUAUAACAGAGAAACUUACAACAAACUGUAACUACAGUAAACCAUAAUCAUUCACAAGAGAAGUCAACGGCAUCCAAUGUUACUUCCCGAUGGUCAACAAAAAAUAACGUGGUCUAAUAGGAGGCCUUACUGCUACAUGAAAUGGGACACAGGUACUUUAGUUUUGCAGAGUCAAUACCUAAAACUCAAGCCAACAGAAGAUGCUUCAGCAAAGAUUUUAUACAAAACUGUGUCUGAUGAACUAAUGUAAAAUAACAAUAAACAAAUCCACUCAUCAGAGUUUAUUAAACACAUUUAUUAACACACAUUCAAAAACAUUUGAUGCUAUACAAGAAAAAAGACUGACAGGGUCAACAAAACCGUAAAAUCAGUGUUGAAAUGUGGAACUUUGUCUCCUGAAAGCCAGUAGCCACGUAGACUGUGCGUUACACAGAAGUCACUAUUGCAACAGAACACUAUCACUUCCUCGUCCAACACUGUUUAUUACACAAUCUCACACAUUCACAUCAUUGUCUUUACCAGCAAUUGCAACGUACUUUUUAAUUAUACAGAAAAAGUGCAAAUGUCAGCGUUUGAGGGUGAAUGGGCGGCGGCGGGGGGGAUCAUGAAUUGACCAUUGUGAUUGUGAGGUGCACUAUUAGAAAAAAAAAAAAAACUUGGACAUGAUAUAAAAGGACAAGAAGACGUGUCAGCGCCGGUGAAGCUCCACUGUAAAUCUCACUCCCAGAUAUGCAAAACCCUGUUUGCAUGUUUAAUGGAUAGAAUCUGCAAAUAAGGAGAUUUCAGUAGAAGCCAUGAAGACCAUGAAGAUAACCUUGUCAGCCUCUCUGCUGCUCAUCCAAACACUGCAGUGUUUGGCUUCAGACGGUACAGUAACUAAAAAAACUUUGAUUUGAUUGGAAUUCUGAUAUUGUGUGCAUGUGCACUCUCAUUUGGAAUCAAGACCGGUGAUUUUCCACCAAUCUGAAUGAUACUUAUUUGCUUAAAAGCAGGAUAUGCUAUUAGCAUUUUCUAUUUAGAUAUUCUACAUUAAGUCUUUUAAAAGGCAGCCCUUUCAUUGCAGGUAACAUUACUUCAGUUUAAAUACCUUACGUUUUCUGUUUUUAUACAUUAAAUCGUGACACUUUAAGUGUUUUAGAGUGCACUAAAUAUGUUAAAUAAAACGUAAUUUUUACAGUUUACUAUCCAUUUCAUUCAUUUUUCUGACAGCUGCAGGAAGGAAUGAUCUGCAAUACCCCUCCAUGUGUGACGGAGAGGUAUCGCAGGUCAUUCCUGGGCGAUAAAACGAUAAACAAAUGCAGUAGCUUAUUGUAUUGCAAAAGACAUGCUACCAAUAAGCACUGUUAAGUUUCAUUUUUUAUAUUGUGAUAUAUAUCGAGAUUGAGAUGAAAAAAAUAUAUUGUUAUAAACUGUUUACCAUAUUGCCCAGCCCUGGUAUAUUCUGUACACAUGUAUAUAGUAAAUAAGACUCAUGUACAUAUCUUUUUUUUUUUAACUCUAAGUUUCUUUAUCCUUUAAUUUCUCUUUUUGUAUCUGUAUUUAUGCUGCUGUAAUUUUGGAAUUUCCCCAUGUGGGACUACUGAAGGAAUAUCUUAUCUUAUCCUAAUGCUUUUAAAUUCAGCUGGUUACAUUUUACUUUUCACUUUGUUUUCAUUUUACAGAUUCCCCAUUUCAACUCACCAACAAGGCCACUGGAUUUUGUUUGGUUAAAACCAAUAACUUAUGUAAUGAAAUGCGCUGGACUACUGGUGACAGACUUCUUGUUCACCAGAGGAGGAAGUGUCUGGGCGUCCAGGGGAAGAGUGUUGGGAGUGAAAUAGGCCUCUAUGAUUGUAAUGAAAAUAGUGAACUCCAAAAGUGGGAAUGCCAGAACGAAACCGUGCUGGCCCUCAAAGACCAAGAGCUUUACAUCGAGCUCACUGCAGAUAAUACAGCAGUCCUCUCCAGAACAGUGGGACCCAAGAGUCAUCUCACCAUCUCAGGGACAUCCAGUGGGGCCUGCACAAGAACCUACAGAGGUACAUCCCCCUUUAAAUACAGCUCUGACCUUCCACAUCAAGUUUUAACCAGUCUGCUAGUGUCUCGGGAAUAACUGUCAAAAGAAUGUACAUAAUACCAUUUAGCUCAACCCGAUAAAGUUCUUCUGUCUUUUCAGAACUUUAUACCAUUGAUGGAAAUGCAGCUGGGAUGCCGUGCAUGUUCCCGUUCCAGUAUCAAGGCCAGUGGUACAGUGACUGCACUCAGGCUGACUGGCAUUUUCUCUGGUGUGCUGUGGAAACAAAUUUUCAAAACGAACGCUGGGGCCACUGCCCAGUUACUUGUGAGUGCUCUGUUAAUGUUUUUUGAAAAUCAGGGUGCCUGCAAUGGCUGACAGAGAUUUAAAGGAAUUGAGAAAUCUCAAAGAAGCCCGGUAUUACAAAAUUUUUAAUCAAUGGGUUAAGAAUUUUAAAGGAAGAUGAUAAAGUCACACCAAACUUUAUCAAGCUCAUCUCCUAAAAUUCAUUAAAAAUGGAGAUAACUUGAUCAACGGUUAGAUAAAUAGAGAGAGAUUUGGUUUAGAGAUUUGUGUUUCGUUGAUGAUUCAUUGAGAAAUGCAUCAAUGCUUUACCCUGUCCAUUCAACAGUCAACUCAAACUCCGGCUAGGUUUGCAACACUGCCAAAAGCCAUCACAUUUUUCAUCAAAUGUACAGAAACAGUUUUUUCAGGACCUAUUUAUGGCUGAUUGAAGACAGAGUUAUACAACUUGAGGUAGCAGGGAGCUGGUAUUAUACUAAGCUGUAAACUCCAUGUAUCUCCAUCAAUCAUAGCCAAGGAACACUGGAAUGUUCACCCAACCACGGGAGCGUACUACCAACUCAACACGCAGUCAGCUCUGACUUGGGCUCAAGCUGAAACCAGCUGCAGACAACAAGGAGCAUCCUUGCUCAGUAUCACUGAUCCUCACCAGCAGGCCUAUGUCACAGGUGAGGUGUCUGUAUUACGCUGAUAGUGUAUUCCUACUCACUAUAAAAGCACUACCUUGUACAUUUUUAUAUUAUAAUACUUUGCAGCCAUGCCUUGUCAUCAUUUGCUGACAUGAAAAGACACACUUGUAUUUCUUUUUCUCUCUGUAUACUUUAAAAAGCACUGCUAGGGACGGAGAGCCCUAAGCUUUGGAUUGGGCUGCUCCUGAAUCCAGAACAUGGUUGGACGUGGUCUAAUAGGAGGCCUUACUGCUACAUGAAAUGGGACACAGGUACUUUAGUUUUGCAGAGUCAAUACCUAAAAUUCAAGCCAACAGAAGAUGCUUCAGCAAAGAUUUUAUACAAAACUGUGUCUGAUGAACUAAUGUAAAAUAACAAUAAACAAAUCCACUCAUCAGAGUUUAUUAAAACUUUCUCUCUUGCUCAUACCUGUACUAAAAACAUGAACCAAGACUAAGUGCAAAAUGAACCCUGAAACCACGAAACAAACUUCUAACUGAAGUAAUGACUUGUUUCUUUUAUUCACUCUAUUAUUCUCAUUUAUUUUCCUUUCAUUUAAGAGUUUGGUACAAAAAUUAGUACUUUUUUUAAUGGUGUUUUAUUCAUUAGGCUGUUUUUACAAAAAAUAAAAUAGCUACCUUGAGUAUCUUGUUUCAGGAAAUCCACUUCAUACUCCUGGGCACAACUGUGCAAUUGUUGAGCCUACUGUACGGUACUCCUGGCAAAGUUACCCCUGCAGCAAAAAACUGGGGUAUAUCUGCUACAGCCAAGCACCUGAAACUCAGCCAACGCAAGGUGAAGAAAAAGAUCCUUUCCAGUCCACACAUUCCCUGAGAACUCUUCAGCUCCACAGUCAAUCAAUGCUUAUGUUUCUUCCUUUCAUUAUCAGCUGUCGAGACAGGGUUUUGUUCAAGCCCUUGGAUCCCUUACAAUGGCCACUGCUUUUACGUAAAUCGUACCCAGAAAACGUGGUCUGACGCCCAGAGAGAGUGUCGCAGCACUGGGGGAGACCUGGUCAGCGUCCGCAAUGUUGAGGACCAAAGCUUUGUCAUCUCUCAACUUGGAUACAGUAAGUGGAAAUAGGAGGAACCAAGGAGUAGCACCUUGGUUCCAAGAGUUCAACUAGGCAGAAGAACUAUUUUUUUAUGGGGUACAUGCGCUUCUCAUCCAGAAACAACUAUCACUCUUUCACAUGAUGGCUUCUGAGACUUUUACACUGCCUCCAAACUGCUAAGCCUCUGUAGUUUGCUUCUUCAUGCUAAAUUAGUUCUCUGCCAAACACAGGAUAGUGCAUGUGGCUAUAUACUAUGCAAGGAAAAGAUUGGUGCCUCCAUAGUGUCAAUCAAUCUGCUUUUUGGUAAACACAAAAUUAUCCAUGGCACAGCCACUCUGCCUCUACAGUUCAAUUCAACGAUCUGCAGUCAAUACAAGGAGAUACCCAAAGCAUAGAGUGUGACUAUAAUAAGCUGAGAAUCAUGUUUGUAGCUCACAAAGUAUGGGUAAUCAUUUCAUGAAAGAAUCCUUUUCUUUUUGUCUUUUUGUCUUUUUGUCUUUUUGUCGGCAGCGUCCACUGAUGAGCUUUGGAUUGGACUAAAUGACAGGAAAACAGAGGGGCUGUUUGAGUGGGCUGAUCACUCGACUGUUAGUUUUACCAGCUGGGAGUUUGGGAAACCUGCAGUCUCCACUGAUGUAAAGGACUGUGUUCUCAUCAGGGGGCCGGUAAGUAGCCCUGCAUACAUAUUCAUAAUUUGUUUUUAUUUUAUUAAGUGUUUUAUGAAUGAAAUUAUUUUCAUGCCAAUGCACAUAUGUACAACUUCAAUACUGCAUGUCCUUUAGCAUAAAGCAUACAAUGAGUAAAUGUGCAUAGCAGCAAAAAGUUAAAUCUAAUUUACAGGGCAGCAUUAUGACAGAUUACUUGAUUGUGUAUUUGUUUCUGUGUCACUGUGUAAAUAAAUAUAACCAUGUUUUAUGUCACAGAACGGGAACUGGGCUGACCGUGCAUGUGAGGAGAAACAUGGCUUUAUAUGUAUGAAGCCGAGUGCCACAACAGCUGUUGGAGAUGAAGUACAGCUGGAUGAAGGAUGCAAAACUGUGCGUUAAGUUUCCUCAUAGAAAAGUUGAUCUCUUGUUCAUAUUGGAGGACAACACUUCUUGGUUUAGAGUUUGAAUUAUGGGUACUUCACCCGGGUGCAGAAUUUUGGACAAAACAUACAAAUUUUAAAAUAAUAAAACUUUGGACUGCAGUUACGCAAAGGUUUAUAUACUGAACAUUUAUUAAACUGUAGUGAACAUAUGAUAUUUGAUAUAACAAAUGUUUGAUUUGCUAAAGUAAAAUGAAGUAAAGGUACCAGUAGUGGUAAAUGUUAGGGGAGUGCUGUCACCCAAAUAUCAUUCAGCAACACUAUCAAAAAUUCUGCAAUCAUUUACUACAACAAACUUCUGCUGUUUUCCUCCUUUGCAUUAAAAACAUAAAAAAUAAUGAGUACUCACACGCUUUCAUUUUGUUCUCCAUCAAUCCAGGGGUGGAGAAGACGUGGCUACUACUGCUACUUUAUAGGGACACAGACCAAAACUUUCAAUGAAGCUGUGAAUGACUGCAAGAGUUCGAAUUCUUACUUAGCCGAUGUUUCUGAUGGGUAAAAAGAUUGUUUUUUGUUAGGUUUGUUUUAAUCUACUGCAUGAAUUUAAGUGUGAAAACAUCCUACGAGCUUGUCAUGUUCAGCCUAUGAAUUUACUUGAGUAAAUAUUUCCAGGGUGGAUAACGCAUUCCUUAUCAGUUUGGUUGGGAUGAGGCCAGAGAAGUACUUCUGGAUUGGGCUUUCCAACCAAAAUACUGGUGGUAGAUUUGCAUGGACCAACACAAACUCAGUGAGAUUUACACACUGGAACGCUUACAUGCCCGGUAUGAUAAAACCUCAUAUUCUAACUCUAAGAAGUGGCAGACAAUUGCUUGAAAUCUGACGUUUCACAAUUCCCCCUCCAAAAGGUCACCGACAGGGCUGUGUUGCCAUAAAAACCGGAGUUCUUGCGGGCCUCUGGGAUGUGCUGCCCUGCACCAAUAAAGAGAAAUACAUUUGCAAACACAGGGCAGAGGGAGUACUUCCAACCCCCACACCAACCAUUCUCACCACACCUCCAACUUGCCCCCCUGAAUGGAUCAAAAUGAAGACAAAAGACAUCUGUUUCAAGGUACAGUAUGCAUAAAAAAUCUCACCCUAAAAGAUGACGAGGAGUUCAGUUCUGCUGUCAAAGUAUGAGUAUUUAGGUAGUUUAUGUUUUCCGGAAUAGAUGCCUUUUUCUCAAAAUAAAUCCCCAGGGUGCUAGAUAAAUUAUGUGGUAAAAUCAAGUACCCCAUGUACUGAACCUAUGUCCUCCAGUCCUGGGUUCCCUUGGUCUGAGCAGAGUGUAGAAAUAACUCCAAUAAUUUCAUGUCUGAAAACAAAAUGCAACAGUAUUUGUGCCUUUAAAUAAUGCACCACAGCUUAAAGCACAAAGCUUUGCUAAAUUUGUCUUGCUUCCUAGAUGUUUUCAGAUGGACUAAAAAGGACUUGGUUUCAGGCCAGAGAUUACUGCACUACCAUUGGAGGAGAUCUGCUCAGCAUACACAGUAUAACUGACACACUAAGGAUUCCUCCUAGGUACUGUAUAACUUGGCAAUAUCAAAAUAAGUCAAACUGAAAAAUAGUUACUACAAAAGUAAAGAGAAGCACUAUAAAACAUGCCUCAUUCAAAAAUAAUUUGUAUAAAUGUGUCGAUCACAGCUAUACAUCAGCCUGGAUUGGUCUGAGAGCCCCUGGGCCAGGUGCUAGUUAUGUAUGGAGCGAUGGAUCCCCAGUAAGUAAAUGGUUGUUUAUCAUUUCAAGGUUAGGUGUAGUCUCAUUUAAAUUAAAAAUCAUAAUACUGUAGAAAGUGUUAUUAGUUGUUUUGCCUGUUUUUCAGCUGCAGUUCCAGCACUGGAGUCAAGGUGAGCCAACGAAUAGAAACAAUGUAGAAUUCUGUGUGGAAUUCAGAAGAAACCAUCGUACUCUUCGUGGGUCAUGGAGCGUUGGGCACUGUGAGAAAGACCUUGGAUGGCUGUGCCAGAUCCCUACAGGUAUAAUGACAGACUUAAGCAUUUCUUUCUCCCUUCCCUGAUCACAAAAAGGUCUGCUCUGCAUAGUGUAUUUUUUUUUUCAAAUUUAUCUAGUUCAUCAACCUCUCCAGUUAGUGCUGCCUACUUUCACUGUCUCCAGCAUUUUAUUUAGUAAUGUGAAUGAAAUUAACCUCUGUACACUUUCUUACAGGAGUGACUCCGAAGCCAGCGCCGGACCCCAUCCCUCGUGGUAAGGGUUACAUUUUCCCAAGCAGCCAUAUAAAAAAAAAAAAAAAAAAAUCACCAAUCUACUUCUACUUUCACUAUAAUUUCUAUUCUGGGUGAUAAUCUUUUCAUGUUUUAAUCGGGUGGCACAGCCAGAACAAAAGUUUAUAUGUUAUCCACCAACACUAAGAGUCUACAACUCAUCAUGCAUAUGUAAAUAAAUAUAUAUACACAAUGUCUCACAUUUUUAGACCACAACAGCACAAGGGACGGAUGGCUGGAAUGGAAUGGAAAUCAGUAUUUUAUUUCCAGGUCCAGAGUGGCCAUGGAGGAUGCUCGUCUCUUCUGCAAACGAAGGCAGAGUGACUUGGUUACUAUCAACAGUGAAGCUGAAAGUGUCUUUCUUUGGAAACAGGUUAGCAGUGACAACAAAUCUACAUGACUGGCAUUACUCAAUAUUCCAUUGUAUAUCAGAUGAGCAAAGAACAUUCAACAAUUUUGUGAUGUCCGUUGUUUGUUUGUCUAGACAAUCUACUCAAAUGCGAGAUAUUUCUGGAUUGGCCUGAAUGUGGAUCUCGACAAAACAUAUGGGUAGGUAUGAGUAGUUAUUGAUAAAUCAAUUUAAAUGUUAAAAGAAGUUGAAACAACGGCCAUGCAACUUGAUUUGAAUUAUUUCAAGUAGUUCCUCUUGCAAUCCAGGCUGAUACAAAAAGUGCUGAGCUGUGAUGUUAGUCAGGUUGUUAGUUUGUUUUAUCUAGCAUGAGUCAAAUUAAACUAUCAUAAUUAUCUGUGAAUAAUAGGAAUGGCUGCAGACCUAAAUAUUACUCUUCCAGAAAAUUCCCACUAAGAAAUUUGUUUUAAUGGAGUCUUUAGGUGAAAGUAUGCCGGAGUAGAACACGUUUGAGAAAUUCCAAUAAUUGCUCUUUUAUGUUUGAAAAAUGUGUGUACAAUACAGAAAAGUAAUAGCACACUGACCCUGAUAAAACUGGACAUUUUGAUGCAUAAUUUGUCCUACAAUUCUUCAAGCUGUAAGACAGGUAGUGAAUUGUCAUUUGUCCAGAAGGGACAGAAAAAAUCCACCGUAUAACAAAUAUUGUUCAGACAUAAGCGUACUCGAGAGCAGAGGAAGAUGUCAUAUAAGGGGUGCCAUGAAUUCAAGAGCAAGAUUCAUUCUGUCAGUCAUUGUUUCAGUGCAUACCCAACUUUAAGUAUGAAGAUAGGAGUGUUUUAAUUGCGCAAAAUAAAAGUCUUUUUCUGAACUGUGUCUUUUAAAAGGUGGAUGGAUGGUUCUCCAGUGGUGUAUCAAAGGUGGGAUGAGGGUCAACCUCGUUUCGUGAACAAUGAUGAAAACUGUGCUGUCACUUCCCCAAGGGGUAAAUGAUAUAAUUUUCACCAGGAGACAAUUUAUUUAACAAAUUUAUUAAUCAAACUGUUACUUCAGUACUAAAGUCAAGCUGAUUAUUAUGGAUGAAAGACAUAAAAAGUUUAAUUAUCUUUAUUAUUAUCAAAGAAAGUUCACUGUGACAAAUUGCAGUACAAAAUUCAAUCUGAGGCAGAUAGAGGAAGAUCAUUUUAGAGAGCUACUCCAUUUUCUGUUCCUUGAAACACGUAGAUAUAUCUCUGUUUAUUAAAGGAUUUUUAAACAGCACGAGAGUGCCUCAGAUUUCAGUUAGGACUGUGAUUUUUUUUUUUUUUUAAAUGUGUCUUUCAAAAUAAUCAAGAAAGUCAUCCUCUUUGUCUCAUAAGUUGAUUAUGUCACUGGAAUCUUAACUUCCUGUCGAGCUCUACUGUGCCUCGCUCGAGAGUAGCGGUGAAGAAGCGAGUUUUUUCAAAAGAAAACGAGAAAAUGAAAUGAUCUCAGCCUGGCUGCAAACAGUGCCAUUAGAUAUGGCUAAAUUAUGUUUGUGUUGAAUAAAUAAUAUAUUUAUAAAAGUUAUAAACUGUGAUAAUGUUUUAUUUUUUUUUUGUUUAAAAAAAUCCUUGAGGAAACCCUGUACAAAGCACUCAGCCUUUUCUUUUAACUGAUGAAUAUUGUGUGUGUUUUUAUAUUGAUUUUUUCUUUCUUUCUUUUUUUCUGCAGGUUUUUGGAGAGACAGUAAUUGCGGGUUAAGUUAUGAAUCCAUCUGCAAACGCAACAGCACACCACCUGCCCCUGCCCCUGCCCCCAUGCCAACAUCUGCUCCCCUAAGAGGAGGCUGUCCACAGGGCUGGACAAAACUUAACUCAAAGGUCAGAUGUCACUUCAGCAUUUAGUGUUUCACACACAGACUGUAACUGGUUCAGGAAAAUAAGGGCCACCUGGGUUUAUAGUACAUGGUGGCCAUUUUUCUGUUCCAACUAUAUAUUACAUAAUCCACAAAUGGAUAAAAUGAGAUCUACACUCACCGGCCACUUUAUUAGGUACACCAUGCUAGUAACGGGUUGGACCCCCUUUUGCCUUCAGAACUGCCUCAAUUCUUUGUGGCAUAGAUUCAACAAGGUGCUGGAAGCAUUCCUCAGAGAGCUUGGUCCAUAUUGACAUGAUGGCAUCACACAGUUGCCGCAGAUUUGUCGGCUGCACAUCCAUGAUGCGAAUCUCCCGUUCCACCACAUCCCAAAGAUGCUCUAUUGGAUUGAGAUCUGGUGACUGUGGAGGCCAUUUGAGUACAGUGAACUCAUUGUCAUGCUCAAGAAACCAGUCUGAGAUGAUUCCAGCUUUAUGACAUGGCGCAUUAUCCUGCUGAAAGUAGCCAUCAGAAGUUGGGUACAUUGUGGUCAUAAAGGGAUGGACAUGGUCAGCAACAAUACUCAGGUAGGCUGUGGCGUUGCAACGAUGCUCAAUUGGUACCAAGGGGCCCAAAGAGUGCCAAGAAAAUAUUCCCCACACCAUGACACCACCACCACCAGCCUGAACUGUUGAUACAAGGCAGGAUGGAUCCAUGCUUUCAUGUUGUUGACGCCAAAUUCUGACCCUACCAUCCGAAUGUCGCAGCAGAAAUCGAGACUCAUCAGACCAGGCAACGUUUUUCCAAUCUUCUAUUGUCCAAUUUCGAUGAGCUUGUGCAAAUUGUAGCCUCAGUUUCCUGUUCUUAGCUGAAAGGAGUGGCACCCGGCGUGGUCUUCUGCUGCUGUAGCCCAUCUGCCUCAAAGUUCGACGUACUGUGCGUUCAGAGAUGCUCUUCUGCCUACCUUGGUUGUAACGGGUGGUUAUUUGAGUCACUGUUGCCUUUCUAUCAGCUCGAACCAGUCUGGCCAUUCUCCUCUGACCUCUGGCAUUAACAAGGCAUUUCCGCCCACAGAACUGCCGCUCACUGGAUAUUUUUUCUUUUUCUGACCAUUCUCUGUAAACCCUAGAGAUGGUUGUGCGUGAAAAUCCCAGUAGAUCAGCAGUUUCUGAAAUACUCAGACCAGCCCUUCUGGCACCAACAACCAUGCCACGUUCAAAGUCACUCAAAUCACCUUUCUUCCCCAUACUGAUGCUCGGUUUGAACUGCAGGAGAUUGUCUUGACCAUGUCUACAUGCCUAAAUGCACUAAGUUGCCGCCAUGUGAUUGGCUGAUUAGAAAUUAAGUGUUAACGAGCAGUUGGACAGGUGUACCUAAUAAAGUGGCCGGUGAGUGUACAUCUUGUAUGUGAAGUACGAAAGCAUUUGUCUUUAUGACAUGUAUUCAAUAUUGAAAGGUUUUUGACAUCUGUAGUGUGGCGCAUGCAUGUAUUUGGAUUAGUGUGCAUUUAUAUUGCACUUUCAGUCCUGUACAGAAACAGUUCGGUAAAAAUAUGUGUACCUUUACACUCACACUAAAUAGAGCAAUGUAUUUACUGGAUGAUUCCGUUAAACAAUUUCAAUUUACUGAUGUACAGCACAGUCACUAAGCUGUGUUUUUUUUUCACCCACAGUGUUACAUCAUUAUGCACAAGAAAAAGGAGACAUGGGAUGGAGCAAAGACACAGUGCAAAGCCAUGGGAGGAAAUCUGGCCUCAAUUCUCUCGAGACAUGAACAACGUUUGUAUUUAAAUUGACUGUCAUUUCAUAUAGACAAGAACUGCAAAAGGAAACAAAAAUCAAACAAAAUAAAUUUUGAAGAAGUUUUAGUUGAAAGUUGAAAAAGUUUUACAGUUUCCCUGAACAGCUUGUUUCAAUCAGAGUGAAGGACUUGGCCUGAACCUGAUGUCAGGGUUUGCCGCCUUUGAAAACAUGCUUACCCGAGCAGUUCUUUCAAGUUUCCUCCUACUUCAAACUAGGGCAAGGCAAUAUGGGAAAAACUUUAUUACAAUAUAUUUUUUUUCAUAUUAGUCGAUAUCGACAUAUGAUAUACGGAAUAAAAUUUAGCAGUGCUUAUUGGUAGCAUGUCUUUCGCAAUACAAUAAGCUACUGCAUCUGUGAGGUCUUUGUGUCCCUUUGACGUUUUGUCAUAAGGCGUUGCACUAGAGACAGCGGACUGAAUAGACGGCUGUUUUGGCUGCACAGGCGCCAUGGGCUCCUUGCUCCACUCGGGGUUUGUAACCUUUUGCAUUGCGCGUGCUUCGCCGUGUGGCACUGCUUUAGGUGGUGAAAAAGAUUUGAGGUAUUCCCCAACUUUGCGAGAAUAUGUACUCGACAUAACUUGCAGUGCACAUUACUCUACUUCAUGUCUGACCUCAAUAAACCAUUGGCUAUCAUUGGCUAUUUGUAUAGUCUACCAAAACAUAGUAGAAUGCCAGUUAUCGAAAAGCAUAUUGACCAUGUUUUAUAUUGAGAUUGAGAGAAAUUUAUCGUUAUCGUUUUAUCACCCAGCCCUACUUCUAAUCUUUUCCUCCUUUCUCCACUCUUCAUUGAUUCAAUACGUCCCAUAAAGUUACUUGCAAGUGUUCUUUUGGUUGUGAAGCAAAGCCAUAGCCAUCUUCUAUGAUGACUGUUGGAGUUAGAGGAGCAGAGAUGCACACCAUUAGCCUUCUUGAUGUUCUGGUUUGUUUUUGUUGGUCGUACAGAGUCACAAGCAACAAGUUUAGUCUUUUUUUGUAUCAGCUUAUAUAAAACUUUAUAAACUGUAUCCCAAAUAAUUCCCCCUCCAUCCGAAAAACAAAAACAUCUCCUUAUCUGAGAGAUAUAGGAGAGGGGGGUGAAAAGAAAUUUUCUGACUAAGUCAUCAAUGUGCAUUACCGUUUCAGUGUUUUUGACCACAAAAAUGAUUGAGGCGCCUGGCACUGACCUGUGGAUUGGUAUGCAUUCUAAAAAUUCACUUGAAUUUUAUUGGACUGAUGGUCGACCAAACCGAUUCAGCAGCUGGAAUAUUGUGAGUAGACACUGGCUUCAUUAUAAUGUUCAUUAGCGAAGUUACGAGCUGCACAACAAAAUCUGUCCUCUGUAAGGGCUGUUGAAACAACAGUGACCAAUUCUGUGCACCUUUGAGUAAUUUUUGUUCUAAUGGCUUGAAAAAUAUUUCUCUCUGUUUUUUAGAGGAACAACUUUCAUCACCACUUUUCUCCUGAGGUAAAAACUUUAUUAGAAAUUAAGAUUUAACAAGCAAUUUUACUGUAUUAUCAUUUUUGGAGCUCUAAAAAGUUGUUCGUUCAAAGUGCAGUUUUGUUAGUUUCCAAACCUGCCACCAGUUUCCUUUAGGUUUUGUUUUUGUAACUUCUCGUUCAGGGUGGGAAACUCAUACCACUCAUCAUGUAUUAUUACUGUGUUCCAGGUUUUAAGACAUAGAUCUCAAUAAUCUGACCAUUUAUGGUAAUUUUACUGCUCCCUGACUGGAGCAGCCACAAUGACAAUAGCGAGGUCUUCAAGAAGUUUGGCAUCUUAUUGCAGAAAAUCCAUCACCUCAUCUCCUAAGUGAACCUGGAGCUCAUUGUUGUGCUUUUCCCCCCCAACUACUGUUGUGCCUCAGCGAAGAGAUUGUGCUGCCAUGACCAGUGAUGCCAAAAAUGAUUUGGGGAAUUGGGUAAAAAAGUCCUGCAAUGACACCAAUGGAUAUGUCUGCCUUCGCAGUGUUGGUAAGUCUGUCCUCUGCAUAAUUUCUCAAAUUCAUUUCCUUUGCCCUGUGGGGAUAUUAUAUGUUUUAAAAUCUUCUUUAACAUUUCGCCACCCUGAAAAUAAAAGGUGAAUGACUAUGUUCAGGAUGCUGAUAACAUAUGUCUCUGUUGUUUCAUAGGGAUUAAUAAAUACAUUACUCAUUUUAGGUUCUAUCAUUUCUUUAUUUCUAAUUCGAGGGUAGUUGCAGGAGUAAAUGAACUUUAUUCUCUUAUUAAUCUGAUUACCUCAUUGUUUGUCGGUCCUGUUACCUCUGAGAUUAGGGAAGACUCAAUUAUUGGCCUUCCACACUUUAUUCAACAUGUAGGCCCACAAUGUUAUAAUGCACCUAUACAAGAUAAGAUAUUCCUUUAUUAGUCCCAAAGGAGGCAAAUUCUAAAGCAGGAAUAUAUCAUCUUAGGUGGCUGUAAAGGAAUAUCAGAGCAGUGUUUGAUGUUGCACACAUGUGCAUAACACAAUUGCAAUAGUCAAAUGAUAUACCGCUCUGUCCUGUACUCAAAGUACAAAGCACAUGUACUAUUAAGUUCCCACAAGUCUGGCACUUGUCACGCACAUUUAUGUUUGGAAUUUUUUUUAUCUGGAAGUAUUUCUACCUUAAAACACAAAAGACCAGAUGAAAAGUAAAACUGAACUUUUUGUUCUCUUUUCUCCUAACAGACCCCUCUCUCCCAGACUCCCCUGAACCAACAACUACAGACUAUGUCAAGAUUCUCAAUGACUCUGUCAAGGUUGUCACUACACCAAUGACCUGGUAUGCAGCAAAUAAGAACUGCAAAGAGAAUGGUGCCACACUAGCUAGCCUGCGAAAUGCCUGGUCAAAGGCAUACAUUGACCUAGUCACUUAUAAUCUCAACGCUCCGGUGUGGAUUGGACUGAACACUAAAGAGGUAAACAGGCAGGAUGCAUUUCUUUCUUUAUGUAUGACUUACACCCAUCUGUAACUUCUGACUUAUCCUAAAUACACUCCUGAUCAAAAUCUUAAGAGCAGUUAAAAAAUUGCAAGAAUUUACUUUUAGCACCAUUGGACCUUAAGACGGUUCUUAGCAGCACUUCAAAAUGCAAAAAGAAGAAAAGGGAACAAGAGACCAAAAGUUUUGAGCAGGUAAUUUAUUGAAAACAACAAUUUAACUGAAAUAGGCUAUUCAUUAGCUGAUCAAAAGUUUAAGACCACAGCCUUUAAAAGCCCAAAUCUGUGAAAAUUUGGAUUCCAUGUCCUUUCUUGUCAAGCAGUCACACCGUCAACAUCUCUUGAUGGCAAAGGCAAAAAAGCUCACUGCCUUUGAACAGUGCGGUAGGAUUGUUGAGCUGCAUAAACAAGGCCUCUCACAACGUGCCAUCGCUGCUGAGGUUGGACGCAGCCCUCCGGAUCUUCAAAGAUCUGGAGGGUUAUGGAACAAAAGAUUAAGUGGUAGACCCCAAAAAAAUCUCACCAAUGCUGAGCCGGAGGUUCCGAAUAUGUGUCAGUCAAGUCAGGUAUGAUCCUCGUCCCAAAUUAAGGCCAUUACAGGUGCUGACUGCAGCCCAAUAACAAUCAGAUGACAUCUGUGAAGGAAGGGCUUCAAAAACAAAAAACGUCUUCAAAGGCCAUGUCUCCUUCAACACCACAAAAUUGCUCGUUUGGACUUCGCAAGGGAGCACCAAACCUGGGACAUUCAAAGGUGGAGGAAAGUUUUAUUCUCUGAUGAGAAAAAAUGUAACCUUGAUGGUCCUGAUGGCUUCCAACGCUACUGGCUUGACAAGGAGAUGCCACCUGAGAUGCUUUCUACGCGGCACGGUGGAGGGGGCACGAAUUUAUUCCAGGAGAAUAGCAUCACUCUUUUGGACCAUCCUGCAUGUUUCCCUGAUCUAAAUCGAAUUGAAAACAUUUGGGGAUGGAUGGCAAGGGAGAUUUAUAAAAAUGGACAUCAGUUCCAGACAGUGGAUGUCCUUCGUGAAGCCUUCUUUACCACUUGAAGCAAUAUUCCCACUAACCUUUAGAAACGCCUAAAUCAAACAUGCCAAAACGAAUUUUUGAAUAAGUCAACAAUAAUGGUGGAGCUCCUCAUUACUCAGUCAGUUUUUGACACUUUAAUUUCUGUUAUAGGAGGUGUUUAGGUUUUUUUGAGCUGUGGUCUUGAACUUUUGAUCAGCUGAUGAACAGCCGAUUUUAGUUAAAUUGUUGUUUUCAAUAAAUUGCCUGCUCAAAACUUGUUCCCAUUUCUUCUUUUUGCAUUUUGAAGCUCUACUAAGAACCGUCUUAAGGUCCAACAGUGCUAAAUAUAAAUUCUUGCAAUUUUUUAACUGGUCUUAAGAUUUUGAUCAGGAGUUUACUAGAGAUGCUAUUAAACAAAGUCAUUUUGAAACUGGAAUGGAAUUUAAAAGGCUUAUCAUUCUGUCUAUCGAGUAAUUUGAAUAGAUAAUAUUGUAGUUGAAUAAAUCUUUGCUCUUAGACUGCUGGAUACUUCGUGUAUAUUGACGGCUGGCAUCUACCUUUUGCCAAUUGGGCAAAUGGAGAACCAAGGAGUGACCAACCUUGUGUAUAUGUGGAUGAGCAAGGAAAAUGGAAGACUUCUGACUGCUCUGGGAAACAAUCUAGCAUUUGUAUGAAAUCUACAGGUAAGGAAAUUUAAGUGGCUUUAAACAUGGCAUGGCUAAUGAUGCCAGACAGGCUGAUCUGAGCAAAUAAGAAACUGCUGACCAACUGGGAUUUUCAUGCACAACCAUCUUUCGGGCUUACAGAUAAUGGUCCAAAAAGGAGAGAAUAGAAAAUAUCCAGUGUGCAGCAGUUGUGUGGACAAAAAUGCCUUGUUAAUUUUAGAGGUUUAGAGGAAAAUGGGCAGACUGGUUCAAGACGACAGACAGGCAACGCUAAGUUAAAUAACCACUCGUUAACUACCAAGGUAUGCUGAGCUAAAAUUACCAUAAAUGGUCAGCAGCUUAGAACAGGAAACUGAAGCUAAAAUUCACACAGGCAAAUUGUAGUCACGCUUGGUGUGAAUAUAAGGCAAUAAACCCAAUAUUUCCAUGCAAAAUGUACUUAAUGUUGACGGGCUUCAUUGCUCCUCUAUUUGGCCCCAUUCAAUUUGGCACACUUAGCUGUUGAAUAGGUAGGUGCUUAAAGCCCACCUCAGCUUCACCCCUUUGUUUACAUUGAGGUUGAUCCAAAGGAAGACUGCGUUUCCAACAUGCUUCAGAAAUAUCUGUGCAGGUUCUCAUCCAGGUCAUGGUUAUGCUUCAGAAAACAAUGGGUUACUUCACAGAGGCUACCUCCAUAUUUUAUACAGCCUGUGCCUUCAUCCCCAGAUGUGCCGCCAACAGAGUCGACUGCCUACCCUGGUAUGUGCCCUGAAUCUCCAAAGCGACAGCUGGAUGUAUACAGCAGUGUCAGAUCCAGACGAACAGAUAGCUGGCUACCUUUUAAGGGUAACUGUUACCUAGUUCUGCUAAACGAAGCUACUUGGCCGGAGGCAUCAGCUAACUGUGCAGCCCAUGGUAAGGACUUUGUACGAUUGCCGUAGAACUUUGUAAUCAUUUAGCUGUGUCUAGCUCUGGAUAAAAACCUAAUGUUUGUAUAACUUUUUUAUUCUUGAAGGUGGAUCUCUUGUCAGCAUUGAGGAUCCCUCAGAGCAAGCUUUUAUCCAUGGCAUUAUUGAAGAGUAUGAGGACAGCCAGGACUCCUUCUGGAUUGGCUUAUAUAAAACUAACAGAGGUACAUUGUUUGCUCAUUCAUGACAAGAAACAUUCAGUGACACUUUUGCAAACAUACAUAGAACUGAGUUUGGCAUAGUGGCUUCAUGACCUUCAAAUGAAAUCAGUUUUAAAGGGAUAUUCCGGCAUAAAAUUAAGUUAGGGUCAAACACACCGUAACGCCAAGUUAGACACCUCAUUGAGAGAUGAAUGUUGCCAACCGCUUGCUUCUCUAGUUAUAUCAACUUUAGUAACAACCACAGAUAGCAAUACAGAGAGCCACGCACUCAACCAAAACACCACUCUAUAGCCACAAGUAAUGCUCAGAACAGCACCUAAUUUCAUCAACAGAACAUAUAAGGUUCUAGCCACAGCACUAGCCACAUCAUACGCAGUCCUAAUUUCACUGGGAUUGGGUUUGUGGACUCAAACAAUAGGCUAAAAGGCAAAUAAACUGUGUUUUAGUUUGAAAGCUUAUUCUUUUUGGACUUGAUAAGUUUUCAAUAUUAUUGUCCCAAAUACUUGACGUAUUAGAGACUCAGGCAGCAAAAUCCUGAUGAAAAAAAUGAAAUAUUUGUCAAUAGUAGAUAAAAAAAAUAUUCCUCCAGAAAAACAGGAUACUGAAUUUGAAGGUAAAAAAAAUGAACCUCUGCUUGUUCGCAGGCCAGUGGCUGUGGCUGGAUAAGACAACUGUGGAUUACACAAACUGGGAUGAAUAUCAUCCGUAUGACAGACGUUAUGCAUUGAUGAAAGUUUCGGGUGGGAAAUGGCAGGCAAGUCAUCCCUUCAGAAAAGGAUAUAUUUGCAAAGCCCCCAAAGGUGAGAACAUGCUUAUUAAGAGCUGAAUUUAAUCAAACAGAAAAGUACAACAGAUACUCAAACCUACUGUACUUGUUUGCAUUAAAAUUAAAUUGGAUGGAGAACAAAGAGAGACUGCAAGUUUCGAGUCAUAACUCAUGUGAAUAAAACUUGGACUUUCUCUGAGGUGAAAAUGAUAAAUUUCUCAGGAAAAAAUUGAGAGAAUUCUUUUCUGAAAUAUUUUGUCAUAAACUUUAUCUAUUUCUUUUGAUUUAAUAUUUGAACCCUGAUCCUGUAUAUUACCUCAAACUCAUGCAUGAAACAGUUUUUAAUGUUCUCCUCCUAUCUAAUAUUAAUGCUAAACUAUAUGAAUGCAUAUUACACAGUUGUUAAAACUCUACACAUUUAUCAACAAAUUGUUUCUACAUCAAGAGCGUAAUAUCGAUUUACUGAUGUGCUUCUGUCCUGACACUUUUGUCUUGUCAUUAGUAGUACCACUGGCAACAACAACUGCUGGUAAGUAACAUCUAUCUUGUUUUUCUCAUUUUAAUAUCAUUAUAACUGUUAUAAUUAAGCUCCAUUGACUAAUUAUUUACUCAUUUAUUUUGUCCAGCAAAGGAUAUGGAGAAACCUCAAACCCACAACAGCCACAUCUUACCAGUUGUCGUGGUCAUUUGUGUGGCAGUCCUAUUAGCGAUCAUCAUUGUCGUAUUCUUCCUCAAGAGGUCUGGACGCAGCUAUCCUGUCUUUCAAAUGUCAUCCGCAUUUCAUAACCCACUUUUCUCCACCAGCCAGCAGUAGCUUGUUCUGCCUCACUCAAAUAUAGCGGUGGGAAAAGUUGAAGCAGACAAAGUAGAGCUUGCUUUGAGUAGGGGAGACCCGGGGCUUGUUGUCACAUGGGUAAGUUGUCACAUUACAAUUAUCUUUGCCACCAGGGGGCACAACUAUAAAGUGGAAUACUAGUUUUAUUCCUUUACAUGGUCAGGGGUCGUCCUGUCUGAGAGGAGAAGAGCACAUUGUGAGCAGAGAUGAGCGCCAAUUAACCAUUUCGCACAACCCAAAGUAAAAAAAAAUAACUUUAUAUUUAAAAAUAAGUUUCUUCCUGAUAAAAAUCCUCGCAGUGAUACAUGUGGACUUGUUAGAGGAGAGAUUAAGGCAUCCUGUCAUACUUCAGUCAUUGUUCUGUUUUAAGCUAACUUUAAGCCAGAGCUAGAAUUAGCAAACAUGGUAGUUUAGGGCAACAUGUGAGUCAUUUUGGGGUUAGCUGUCACAUGUUUAAGGGGGAUUAAAAUUAAUAUAGAGAGUCUGCUUAUCAGCAAUUGUCAUAUUGAAAUUUAGAUUUUAUUUUUACAGAGAAAAGAGUGGUUUAAAGGAGAGGAGAAAGCAAAAAGACAUGGUCAGGAAUUACAAAAGAAAAACAGGACAUGGCAGUGCAGUGCCGGCGUGUGCCUGACGUGAUGCUGAGGGCAGUCAGGCAGAUGACCCGAGCUAAUAAAUCAAUCCAGAGUACAAUAAAGGACUUUAAUGUUAACUACCAAACCUUGGCUUGGUACUGCAAAACAUUCACCCCAGCUGAAAUACAGACUCAGACAGCUCUCCGAACUCCAGAGCAUGUUGAUAAUAUUUAAUGUUAAAGUUUGUUCAAUGACUUUUUCUCGCUCAAUGAUAAAAAUUUUCUGUGCCUGACUUUGAUGUUCACUUUCAUAUAAAAAAAAAAGAACAACAAUUUUGUCUUUGUUUUAUUAGCUGCAAAAUCCACUGUGACAUUUUACCCCAUAUGGUGAGACAACUUACUCGAUGGUGGGACAACAUGUCACAUGUUCACACUCUCUGUUUGAUUGCUUAUAACUCUGUACUGACACAAGAUAUGAAAAUGACAUGAAUAUGAAAUAUAUACCUGAAACUUUAGUCUUUCAUUAGGUACACAUUUUGCUUAUAUAUGACAUAUUGAUUCCAAGAAAUAUGUAAGGGUGUAAAAAAUGUGACAACAAGCCCUGGUCUCCCCUAUGCGAUUUAACACUGGCAGAAAGCUUUGUUUAUUUUGGUGUUCUGGUUUCCACACCAAAACAACCUUAUUUUUAAUUUUAAUCCAUUUUCAAUAGCAACUAACUUUUUAUAAAUGACAUGAAGUAGCUGUUAAGUGCCAUUUGACAGAUAAAUCUUUAUUUGCAGAACUGUGAUUUACUUUAAUUGUCUUUUUAUAUUAAGUGAGACUUUACUAAUUGAUUGAAUCCUUGUAAACUGCUAUACAAACUAGGGCUGUAAAUGUCUUCUUAACAUCAAACUUCAGAAGACAACUUGUUCCUUUCAGACAAUUGUUACCACAUCUGCAUCAUCAGGACAGCUGGAGUCUAUUUUUUUUUUCUGUCAAUAUAGAAAAAAAAUCCUUAAAAAUGUCUGACUGUACACACUCUGUUAUUAUGCCUUUUUUUCUUUAUGACCUUAAAAGCAAGAGCUCAAUAGGUUAACAGAAGUGUGUCCACUGCUUUUGUUCGAAUCUAUGCAUUCAAGAAGAAUAAACCACUGAACAGAAAUAAA